UUGCCAGGCUCACGCAGAGUCUCGCGAGAGUUGGGCAGGGAGACAGGUGAUAGGACCCGGAAGUGUCUCAUUUCGGGAUCUGGGGGACAGAUAGCGAGAGUUACCAGGAUGGACGACACAAUGUUUCAGCUUAAGUUCACUGCAAAGCAGUUGGAGAAAUUGGCGAAGAAAGCUGAAAAAGACGCCAAUACCGAACAAGCUAAAGUGAAAAAGGCGUUACAACAGAAGAAUGUGGAGGUAGCACGGGUUUAUGCGGAGAAUGCCAUCCGAAAGAAGAACGAGGGGUUGAACUGGCUGCGGAUGGCAUCGCGAGUGGACGCUGUGGCUUCCAAGGUCCAGACAGCGGUCACUAUGAAGGGGGUAACUAAGAACAUGGCCCAGGUGACCAAGGCUUUGGAUAAAGCUCUGAGCUCCAUGGAUCUGCAGAAGGUGUCCGCUGUCAUGGAUAAAUUCGAGUCACAGGUUCAGAACUUGGAUGUGCACACAUCGGUGAUGGAUGAUGCUAUGAGCUCAGCGAUGACCCUGACUACACCGCAGGAACAAGUGGACAGCCUGAUCUUACAGGUUGCAGAGGAAAAUGGGUUGGAGGUGAUGGAUCAGUUGAACCAGUUACCCCAGGGAGCUACUUCAGUGGGAGAAAGCUCCACGCGCACCCCAGAGGACCAGCUGUCUCGCAGGCUGGCUGCUCUGAGGAACUGAAAUUUCACCAUAUCGGCUGUUUCCUGGAAAUCCAGGUGUCACCAUAUCGCACUGUGGCAUCUGCCAGUCUCUAUGGGAGGGUAGUCUGUUGCUGUCCAAUGUUUGUGCAGUGCUUGAUCCCGAGACUGACCCAACCAUGGAUAGUAUCCUCACAGCAUCAGUCAAUGCCCUAGCUUAGCUCUUAUGUACUUGGCCAAAAUCGCACUAUGAAACAAUCUCCUGUUCCUGCACUAUCCCUGCUUUCAUUAAGACCAUUGCCAGAUGCGGUCUCACGUAGAGACAUUGAUAAUGGGUCUUUUAAGCAUACUGUCCUAGAAAUCCUGGGUUCCUGGUAGGGUCAUCUCAACACUACUCUAAAUUAAACAUUUGUUCAGGUCUAACCUACCCACA